AUCUACUCUCCUCAUUAGUUUGGUAUAGGUUUUAUAAUUGAUUUUGGAUCUUGAACUAAUAUGUCAAAGAUGGGAUAGACAUCGAUCCGCUAAAGCGGGAAUCAGCUAAUCCCUGAUUGGUUGGUGUAAAAGGAAACCUUAAAAUCCAUGCUCGCGGAGUGUGAAUCCCGUCCGAAUUAAAUAAUCUCUUUUUCUUUUCUUUUUUUUUUUUUUCUUUCUUGUUUUUCUUUACUUAUCAAAGAAGUGUUACAUUGAUAUGUCGACAACGACAACAACCACUCAAGUGAAGGAGAUUCAUUGUGUUGAAAUGGAAUCUAAUGUCUCUAGUCAAGGAAGUACAUUGAAAUCUGCUAGUUUACAUGGCUUGGAACAAGAAGCAGAAGUAGAAAAGGUGACACCACCAAAACCCCUUUGGAUUCGAGUACGACAAACGGCUUGGCAACUAUUUGUAAAAUAUUGGUUUUUAUUGGGGUUAGCUUUUGUGAUCGGCCUUGCAUGGGCCAUUCCUACUGUAGGCAAAUCGUAUGGUUCUAUUCAAGCUCAAUAUACUGUCAAAUGGGGUGCUGUAAUUGUGAUCUUUCUUUUAUCUGGUCUGGGAUUGGAUGUCAAGGUCAUGUUAAGAACUAUUUUACGUUGGAGACUUCAUUUAUAUGUUCAAGUCAUCAAUUUCCUUAUUUUACCGUUCCUGGCUUGGGGUAUUGUCCGUUUUUUUAUUAUUGUUGGUGCUCAUAUUGAUGAAAUGGUUUAUCAAGGUUGGAUCAUUGCCUUAUCCACAAGUACAACCGUUUCUUCCAAUUCCGUCAUGACUCGAAAUGCAAAUGGGAAUGAUGGUGCUGCCGUAUUUAAUGCUGCUUUAGGGAAUGUCCUUGGUAUUUUCAUUUCCCCUGCUUUAAUGACAAUCUUCGGUGAUGAUCGCAUACUGUUCCCUCCCGGUAGUGCACGUGGCAAACCUGAUUAUAUCAAAGUUCUUUUUCAAUUAGGAUUGACUGUGUUGGUGCCAUUAGUCGUGGGUCAGGUGAUCCGAUUCUUGUUCCCGAAGCAGAUCAAAUACUUGUCGGCAAAAUUAAAAUUUCCCAUCAUCAACAGUAUAGCUCUUUUAAUCAUGGUCUGGUCUGUCUUUUGUGAUGGUGUAGCAAGUGAUGCUUUCCAUCAAUUAUCUGGUGUGGAUAUUGUCGCUAUCAUUGGUGUUGAUAUCUUUUUAUAUCUGUUUGGUUGUGCUCUUUGUUUGUUCGUAUGUCGUUUGCCUUGGCCACAACGUUAUGGAGAACCUACUUGGUUAGAUCGAUAUCGUUUGAGCAGAAAAGAUGCUGCUGCUGUCAUGUAUUGUGGUGCUACCAAAACUGUUUCUAUGGGGAUUCCUUUAAUCAAUGUUUUAUAUUCUGGUACAAGUGCUGGUGUAGUAGGUGUUCUUUCUUUACCUUUACUUAUGUAUCAUAUUUGCCAAUUGUUUAUUGGUAAUUUCCAAGUCAGUUUAUUGAAGAAAUGGAUUCAAAAAGGUGAAGAUGAAGAUUCUCGUACUGUUCAUGAACAACAAAGUCAAGUCAAUGAAACUCAAUCUCUACCAAGUUUUACUACUCGUCGUCGAACUGUUAGUGAUGAAUAAAUGGAACAAUACCCCUCCUCCUCCUUCUUUGUAUUACUAUCUUUACUGAAAUCAGUACUGUUUUAUAUCUUUGUUUGAUUAGUUAGCAAUUUUUGUUUUAUUAUUAUCAUAUUAAAUCAUCAUCUUUUUACUUUU